AUAGGCCUUCUGGACAACUUGUGGUUGCGACGACGAUUUGGUUCUUUUCUAACCUCCUAAGGUUCUCUGGAUGUUUGGUAUCUCGAUACUGCUGAACGUGAGUUUACGUCUGGUUGCACGAGUUUGAGGCAGGGCCCCUUAGAUGACCCCGUUAUGCUUUCGGUAGGUGUUCGCAACUGCAUGCGGCAAAAACGUGCCGACUCCGGAGGAAUCCAGUGGAGUUCAACAAUUUCUAUGUUGGUUGCCGGACACAGAAAAGCGACUUUGGUCUAAUAAGGAGCGUCUGCCUGUUUUGGUGUCGCCGCCUUUGUGGGACCUUCUGUGCUCCGGAGAUCGAGCACACUGAAUGCCGGCUAAGGCUUGUUUGCCAGUCUGCCUGUUCUGUAUCUGACGUCUUUGAUACAUCUGCGGCCGAAACGCUUUGCAGCGAAUCGGAUCUCUAUGAACCUUCCCUUGUGAAAUAUACCUACUUCCAUCCAACUUCGGCCACUUCCAGAUCGCACCUCCGCACCCGCGCUCUGGUGCUCACUGGCCAAGAGAACGGAACGGCGUUAUAUCGCGUGCCUGGGAGGGACAUCAAGUCGCAUUCGUAGCAACAACAACAACAUACAGAGUCUGCAAACACGCUGAAUGUAUGGUUGCCUCGUCGUUCUCAUGAUUUUGAGCUCUGAAUGAACUUAUAUUCCGCGUUCAGGUGCCCUAACACUAGGUCGCAGUAUAUUCGGACUGCUCAGUCCGCGUGUCUGUUGCUUUAGCGUGUUCGCUAGCGUUAACAAGGCAGUCAGAAAAUUUCCUGCGGGUCAAUGUAACUACAUAAUAACGUGCAACAGUGUAGUAACGAGAGGCUUCAUCUGAUGCUCAUUUGUAUGGUGUCCGACUGGGCGAAAGGCCCAAACUAUGCGUUUUGUGUUCGUUGCCGCCGGUAACUCCAUAGUAGUGGAAAUAAUACUGUAGUGCCCUGUCACUAGGCACAACUCGUGUACUGUUUGUGUGGGUUGUUUCUCGGGCGUAGCGCUGUUGCAACUGCUUAACAGCGACGGGUCGCUCGCUUCCGUCUUGGGUGGUCCGGCGUUGUGACUGGACCAGGGUGCUGCGCGGCGGCUCCUUUCGCUUUUGUGCCUUUUUGUUAUUGUGAUUGACGACAGUCUCCAGUAAUAGAGAGCAAGACUAUGAGGCCAUCGAGACUGGUCUGCCGCGAGUGGCAAUCCUUCUUUCAGUAAAGGCAUCGUGUUCUUCAUUCACUGCCACAGGCUUUAUGUCAAGAAUUUGAAGGGAGGCUUUUUCUAAGAGGAAUGUCUGCCCAGGGUCAGCAGGGUGUCCGGUCAACAGUAGCGGCUGGCAAGAACCGCUUCUGGCAACCGGCACCUAUCACCGUUCUGCUUGUUCUUUCAUCAUCAUUUCUCUUCGCGUUCGCGGCUAAUACCCCACAGAACAGUUCGACGACGGGGCAGAGCACGCCUAGUGAUGACCAUGGCGUGUCAACAGAACAUAUCCACGAUGCCGUCACGGUAGAUGCGGCUGAACACGCUGGAGAGGAUGAGAUGACAGCUUGUUCACCGGAGGCGGCUCGCGUAAUCGAAGCACGCGUGGCGACGCUGAAGGCGGAGACUGAGGCUGCGGUCGCGGAAGUGCGCAGAACAGAAGCCAUGCAAAGAGAGUUGUUCGGUCGUCUCAACGCGAAAGUGCGCGCAAUGAAUGACCGCCUCGAUGAGCUUUCUGACGCGCAGAAAAGCCUAGCGAAGCGCCUGGAAACCACAGGUCAGCUGCUUAUUGCGGAUCGUGAAGAACAAGCAAAACGGUUCACAACCGAUGUCGAAACGUACAUUAUCGAGUCGGGGCUGAAGAAGGCCGUCUUUCAGCAACGUGAAAUUGCCGCCAAACUACAGACUCUUGCCGAGUCAAACCAGAAAAGUAAGCAGGCUUUAGAUGCUUUGCUUCAGCAUGUGGACGACGAAAAGGAGCAAACGAAGCAGUGGAUAUCAACGGUCGUUCGCGACCUGGAGAAGUAUGUCGAGGCACGCACUCAAACCACGCUCGAGAGUCUCCAGAGGGACGCGCAGGAGCACGCGAACUUUAUGCAGCAGCAGCUGAAUGACAUGAAACUGGAUCACUUGCUUCUACUGCAAGCUGUCAGCAGCGCAGAGACGCAGCUGAAUGAACGCGGGAUUGCCGGGGUAGACAUUUCCCAGCUGGACGAGUCAGCGUCCUUCGAGAGGAUGAUGACGACGUUCGAGAAGGUCCUGAAGGAACAGCUCAAGGGGAAAUUUGUGUUGCCGAUCUUCGUCGUGACGCAGUGCCCGGACUCCAUGGAGAGAGUGGCGUUCAUGAAUACCUACCUGGUGCCAUCGAAACGCAACUUUCGCGCCGUGUUUCAAGCUUUGGGACAUACACCUCAAGCCUCUGCUGUUGUCAUCCGGAUUGAGUCAGUUAUGGUUGAGGCUUGGAUGGAGGUGAAUGGAAAAGUGACAGGCAUGCAGUACCUCACGCCUCCUGCUCACGAGGCGUUGACCGUGACCACCAAGGAUCGGUUCGGCUUCGAAUUUCUCAGGCGCGUGAGAGAGCUUGAAACAGGGGAUUUUAAGGCUGAUCCACACGGACGCAGCGUCGUUAUUGCGUUUGUGGGGAAUCGGAAGGGGCGUAUUGGAGGACUGCCGCUGACAGAUGUAACCGAGUUCAACAAGUUCCAAGCCCUGCGUACCCUGGCAACCAUGCAUUCCUCUCCGAUAAAGGAAACAAAUAAUCUUUGGCAAAUCAUGAAGACGGAGGUGGAUAUAGUAGCCACCUUCGCAGCCAUGCCACGAGUUGAAGUUGGCGGGAGUUCACUACGCAUUUACCAAGGAAUCGCGCCGGAGCCGAGGCUGCCCGCAUCUCCGUUUUGCAGAAACGCGUUCACGCUCAUCCGAAUAGAGGUCGCAAAAUCCCCCCGUGGGAAGCAAGAAUACGUCUAUCCUAAGGCGUCACUGCUGAAGAAGGUGUUCGACAUCCUUGUAUCUACGAACACAUCGCAGGAUUCAGGCGGUGAUGGUAGCUUUGCCGUCAUCAGGGCAAACGUUAGCAAUGCUGGUUGGCUGCAGUCUAAGCUCUAUGCUACGGCAGACCGAAUGGCAGUCGAAAUCCAUCGUCCCGUCCCUGGGACAGCUCCUCCCUCGUUCUCCAGUGAGGAUGUUGCGGGGGAACACCGUGCCAAUAGUAUGGCUGCGGUUGUAGACCAAAUACGAAAACAAAUGACCGAUGUCGUCCUUCCCAAUAUUGAUCCUGAGGACAGCACCUCUCGUAGGCAGGUGCUUGUACACAUUUGCGAAAUCGGCGUUACCUGCAACUCGGAUCGCCACCCGGAGGCCUGAAGGGGUGUUCUGCUGGGACCUGCACUUACCGGUGUUGUGAAUGUCAAGUCCUAUGUUCCAGUUUUGUCUUGACAGGCCGAACGAAUCGUAGAUGGUUCGGGGGGGCACGAAAGGCACGCCUGUUGUAAAGGAUGGCUGCUGCGAAGCAGCUGCCACUGUUGCGAGACGCGGUUCUGAUCCGUCAACAGGGCGCAGCCGGGAAAAGGAAGUGCAUUCCCAUAUUGACAGGCAGAGCCGAUAGUCGACCCAUACAAAUGUAGUUUCACCAGAAUAUUCUUUUUUAUGGGGACAGUGUUUUGCUGUGUGAAACGGGUGUCUGUGGGGGUCGAAUUGACUGAGCAAGCUUCCUCAGGGUGCAAAACUAAGCAUUUGUCUAUCACCGUCGUUGCCAGUUGAGAAAAUGAGAAGCGAGUGGAACGGUGCAAUAUUGUCAUUUAUGAUCAGGUGAAGGGAAACGAUGUGUCACGUUGAGAGAUAUAACGUUGUGGAGAGAAGGAGAGUGUCGCUGGAGCUAUGUGAGUGUUGAAACUAGAAGACUGAGGCAACGGGGGAGUAUCGGGAGUGCCGGCGGUACUGAAUCUCAGUACUUGCGUAUUUCUUCUGUUUAGCGGUAGAGUUUACUACAUCAAUAUUUCUUCCUUCCGGCAAACCGGUCAUUCAUUCCGUUAUUGAAGUGACGAACUAUGUGUGGAAGAUUCGCCACGUCGCUGCCUCCUGUAGACAUAGGCCUCUAGUCCGCUACCGUGAACUCAUUUCAGAGGCGUUUCUCCCGCAACAUUAUUUCCUAUAGCGUAGUGUAAGGCCCGCCCGCAGUCGACUCCAAGCACAUGCACACUUUUUUAUUCCGUUGUCUCGUAGGCUGGUAGCAUUCCAGGAUGCUAUUACACGCGCUUCGAUCGGCUCUGUAGAUAAAACAAUCCAAAGAUCUAAAACAUAACGCAUCUGGUGUGUUCCUAUCGUGUUCGACCCAUUCACCGAUGUGUAACGGCGCAAGUAGCCACAGUUAGGCAGGUGCGAACUAUCACCACGAACGAUAUCUGUACUACUGGUAACGGGACCUUGUGACUGUUGCAAAUUGACUGGAGGUCACUUCCCUAGUUCCCGCCGCGCAACAAUGUCCUUAUAUAUUACCAGGAGGGGCUGCGCUCUCCAACAUCUUUUCUGCUGGCGAAGUUUCCUGAGGAACACCACACGUUUGGCUGAAGCAAAAUCGUUGCUCGUGUCUUGUCAUCAGGAAAUCUGAGAGCAUUAGGGGUUGUCCUGGGAGAUCGGUUUCGACGCUUGCCUCACUACGCGCGACUCUCUAGGCGGCCACGAUGCUUGUAUCCGGGCCUGUGAAUCUCCUCCGACAGAGUCAGGGAGGGAGGGAACGGCCGUUGCUUCGUCAGCAUAACAUUCGGACUCCCAGUCAAACCAUCGAUUGCCGUAGCCGCCGUCUUGAAGAUGCCUCCUUGAUGCGUAUUUAGGUAACAGACCGUGGUGUCGCGUGUCAUGAAUGUUCACGCGACGCGGUUGGUUGCUGCAAUUCUUGCCUCGCCGUUGAGUUCCUCUUCGUCGACACGACCGAGGAAGGAUGGAACAAGAGCUUGUAGGUUAGAGGCACUCACGUCAGGAGACGCAAGCACCAGCCGACAAGAGCGAACCAGAGCGUGCCCGCCAGUUGCGAGCGCCACGGCGGUUUGCUCUAGCGCAGAGAGAGCGAGUGGCAGUUUUGCGUUGGUUGUUGUUCGACACCGUCUUGAUGUCUGCAUCACGGCGGCGAACUACGAUGCUUCCGGAUGACAGAGUAGAUGUCCGAGGGAGGUGUUCCACCUCCAGCAGAAGUAUUUUUUAGCUCAAGAGGCGAGUCUCGACCUGAGGCCACAGGACUUCGCCAUUCAUUGAGUCGUACGAAAACAAAGACACAACGAUGAGUCAGUAUAUCUAGGUUCCAUCAGAUCUUAGUCGCCUGUCGGAAUAGAAGUAAGCUUAAUUGCAGAAGGGUGAAAAUUGAUUGACCAACCUUUCACGCGACAUUGUCUGCAACUUGCAGACCUCGAUUUUCACUAUACUACUACCUUCUGUUAUCUAGAUGCUAAUCAACACCGACCAGACAGGCAGUGUGAGUGUCCUGUUAGAAAAUCAUCUCGACUGGCUCCUUGUUUUCGCCCCUGCUGUAGUGGACGUUCUAAUCAUAAACGAGGAAGUACUGGUCUUUCCUAGCUGAGACAAUUUCUGUUGAAGUUUACCACGCAUAUUAUAUAAACAUAUAUGUAUCGUUGCUACGUACACGAAACUGUAUGCAUGCUGGCAAAAGCCUUCCAGGGCAUGCCUGCUGAAGCGCCCACUAAACCGUGUUUUGGUGACUCUCGCUCUAACUUGUAACUGCUUGCACUUACCCCGCGACCGUUUGGUACAGUGAAGGAAAUAUGCAACCGAAUCUUCGAAUGGCGCGACUGACUCGUUG